AAGACUAGAGGUCUUCUGCCUCACGGUAUGAAACAUGCUCAAGAACACGCAGUCAGACUCUUAUCUGAGUUUAACAAACUUUCUUCACCAUUUCUAUCUUGGUUUUUAUUUUAUUGUUAUUGUUUUCCACUACAGAGGCGCCAGUCAGAGGCAAGAGUCCAAGGACAAAUCUUUAUAUUUUUGCUCCUCAGAUAGAAACACUGUGACCUCUCUGGAACAAGAGCCCUUGUGACAGGUUAUGGUGAAAGUCUCUGUUGUCAUGUGUGCUGAGAUUUGUGGUUUUGCUGCACUUUGAUGUCUCUGCUGAAGCAUUUUCUGUCUUCGUGAAGACGAAACACCGAAGCAUGAACUGAGUCUUGUGAACACCUGGUCUCUGAUCUGCUGUCCCUCUGGUGCAAAAUGUUCCAAGAACAAGGAGCCAUCUCUAGAUGUCAAAGGCAAGCAUGUUGGUUUAUGAUGGCAUACUUUCUUCUCUUGGCUUCACCAAGCAAAGGGUUCCUUCCCAACUUCUGGUCCAAAGUGUUAACUCUGUCUUUGGACUCACACACACACCAGUACAUCACAGAGCAGGCCAUCCUCAACAUAACCACUGAGGUUUUGAGAGGAACCACAAAACACAAGGAGGACCACGCAGAGGAGGAGGCCAGAUUAGGCCGCAGCUUCUGGAGAGCCAUGAAAGAGGUGUCGAUCUCAAACGCAAACAUGGACUUCAUGAUGUCCACCAAGUUCAACCCAGUCUACCACUUUGACGCAGAGGCUAUUGACGACUCCAUUUUGAUGUUACGGCGGUUCUGGACUCAGAUUGUGCUCUCGGUACGAGCCAAAGAGUAUGAGAGCGCUCGAUUUACCCUGGGUCAGCUUUUACAUACCCUUCAGGAUUUCUACAGCCAUAGUAACUGGGUAGAAAUGGGCAAGAAAUCAAUUUACCUCCACCUCCUGCAACCAGAAGAACCUGCUGUUCCUGUAGCAAAAGAGAACACUCCUACCUGCGUUGACUGCUUUACUCCUACCUGUAGGAACAACCUCCUGCCGGCACUAGCGAACCCCCAGGGAAACGCCCAUCUGCUCACCACAGGCUACGACAGCUAUUCAAAGAAACCUAAAGGCAAAUGCAGCCAUGGAGGUAUUAUGGACAGAAGUCAAUAUUUGAGUGCCAGAGGAGGAAUCAAUAAAGACAGCACCUCACCGCUCUUCUCCCCUCAUCAUUACCUCCACAUGGAAGCUGCAAAAAUGGCCACUAACGCCACCCUGAGUUUACUGAGAGACCUCAAAGACACGGUGGGCCCAGAGGUCUUUCUCAAGCUUUUCAGAGUGAAGCAGGUUCCUGCGUUGGUGUUUGUUAUGGACACCACGGGCAGCAUGUUUGAGGAGAUCACUGCUGCUCGACUCAGGGCUCACUCCAUCAUUCAGAACCGAGCCAACGGCACCGAGCACCCUGGCACCUUUCUGCUUGUGCCCUUCCAUGACCCAGGGUUUGGACCCGUAUAUGAGGCGGACGACCCAAACCAGUUCAUGGAGUUCUUGGAGAACCUGAUGGCUCUGGGAGGAGGAGAUGAACCAGAGAUGAGUCUUUCUGCCAUUCAGCUGGCUCUCACACACAGCCCACCCUUGUCAGAAAUCUUUGUAUUCACUGAUGCUUCUGCCAAAGAUGAUUACUUGUUUGAUGCUGUGAAGGCCCUCGCCCUGGAGAAACAGAGCAAGAUAACUUUUCUCCUCACUGAAGACCCCAGCCACACGACGAGGGUGAGGAGGAAAAGGCGGAGCAAGGACUCUCUGUCUCCUGAUCGAUUCGCUCUCUACUCAUCUCUGUCCUCUCUCUCUGGAGGAAUGACGAUAUUUACCACCAACUCUGACAUCCACCGUGUCUCAGCUGUAGUGGAGGACAACAUAGCUGUUAACAAGGUGACCCUUCUCCAUGUGAAAAGUGAUCAGGAGUUAAUGCCUAGACAUUCCUUCAGAGUUGACAGCUCAGUGAAGAAAGUCACCAUUCACGUCACUGGCACCAUGACAGAGUGUAUCCUCACCAGUCCAUCAGCCCAAACUCAGUUUCUGCUGCGCGACCAGGGGCCCAUGGCAGAGGUGGAGUACUUUCAGGGUCUUUAUCGGAUCAGUCUGUCACCUCCUGUUCAGCCCGGUCAGUGGCAUCUGCAGGCCAUGAGUAAUGACCACAUCACAUUCAAUGUGAUAGCUGACAGCAGCGUGGAUUUCCUUUAUUACUUUGCCUCUGCACCAAAUGAGACUCAUCCGGGUCUGUCCAGGGUGGAGGGUUGUCCUGUGGCAGGAGCUCCGGUGUUUCUGGUGCUGACUGUUAAUGGCGUGACUUCAGCCGAGCAGGUAUCCUUUGAUGCAAUGCUGCUGGGGACUGAAGGACAGAGUCUUCAUCAGGUGAAACUGGACAGAUCUUCAUCUGGAUCAUUCAGCACCCUGGAGGAGCUUGUGGGAUUUGUGGAUUCUGUUCCUGCAGUUCCCUUCUAUGUUCAACUCAGGGGCACGGAUGUCAGAGGAAACAAGCUGGAGAGGGCUUCCACAGAGAUGGUUCUGCCCUCUCACAUUCAAAUACAGACAUCGUCAGCCCCCCACCUGGUUCCAGGACACAGAACAACAGUAGAUUUUGACAUUCUGAAUCACGGUCCUGCCCGACUCUUUAAUCUGACUGCUGAUGAUGACUGUGGAUACCUGCUCAUGAGAGGACCGCACAGGUUCCAUGUGGAGAAGCAGGGGUCUUUCCACGGUCAGGUGUAUCUUCUCACUCCUGCCUCAGCUCAGGCAGGAGUGACGGUCACACUUACACUCACUGUGCAUGCUCACGACCCUCCAGAGUCCAACUAUGCAGUGGUGUACUUGACUGUGGUCCCCCUGAACGCUGACGCCUCUCCACCAUCCUGCUCUGUUGUACGGGUCCAGUCUGACUGUACUGAAAUCUGCUCUCAGUCCAGCUGGAGCGUGUCUCUGGCUGUGUCAGACAGUCGCUCUGGCCUCGCUGCUCUUCAGGUGCACAAGGGUGAAGGUGUUCUGACUUUAUUUCACAGCUCUCCACCUGCAGAGCACAGCACUGGAGAGGCCCAUUCCUCUGAGCAGCAACAUGCUCACAAAAACACCGCAACCAGCAGAGGCCUCCACCAUCAGUAUGAACGCCACAACUACAGAGCCAGAUUAAAGACAGAGGACCCGCCGCUGAAUGUGUCCAAGUGGACUCUAGACUCGUCACAGCCUCUGUGGGUGACGUAUACAUCCACCUGCUGCUCAGAUCAGGCAGAAGUGCUGGUGUGGAACAGCGCUGGAAACAUGAAACGAUGCCCUCUCACAUCUGGACAGCAGAGGAGACACAAGGACAGAAGCACAGAAUCCAGUGGGGCUGGGCGGGCAAAACUAACCAUAGUCAGUCUCCUGCUGGUCCUACUUUGGCCCACACGACUAUAGACUGUUAAAGUAUUGGUUUUGUUGUUGCUUUUAGGUAACUUUAAUGUUUCAAAUCAGCAAAUAAUUUUCAUUAUCACACCAAAAUAUCCAGCAUGAACACAAGAGAAAACACUAUCCAGCCUAACAUGGCCCUGUGGGGAAAGUAACGGACCCCUAUGAAACUGUUUUAGAACACUUAGCAGGAAAAACUCAAAUCAAGCAUUUGAGGUAACCAGUAAUAAGUCUGUGUUUUGAUACCAGAGGGUUUUCCAGAGGAGUACAUACAUUUACACACUUGCCCAGGUUGGUUUGAGUAGUAUUCCUCCAUUAAUAAAUAAUACUAUCAUCUGAAACUGAGUUUUAUAUAAAUAUAUUUUAUA